UUUCAGGCAGCGCUGUCUAGCCAAGCAGCAACUCAGGCCAAUGCCUGCCUGCUACUAGCUUUCAGUUCAUUUUUCUAUGCAGCAGGUAGGCGACCCAUAUGGCCAUAUGCAUAUGCUAAUCGAUCCAGCAACUGAAAUCCUCGGCAUAUGUCUCCGAUCUACCCCAUGGACAACACAUGGUUCAUGGUAGCCUGCACGGGGCACGGCCGCACGGCCGCAAAGUGUCUGCGAACGGAUCGGAGCCGCGCGCAUGCAGCAGGCAGCAGCCGGGAUCUUGCUGCUGUGUUUGUUGUUGGGUUGGUCUCCUCCGACCUCCGGCGCGGCGGCGUGUCCCAUCCCAUGCCGAUCCGGCCGGCAGCGGCGCCGAUCGCCUCAUGGAGUGCCCUGCCGACAGGGAGACACGGCAGGGGGGGCAGGCCGGAGACAGGACGCCCGGCCAUGCGCCAUGGCAGCGAGCUGACACUGAAGAAAAGCCUCGCGUCUGGCCAAGCGACGAGGAUAUCAUCAUCAGACAAUUAACAAUCGGAUUAGUUGUUGAGGGCUCAUCGAUCAGAAAUCAGAACUCAGAAGUUGCCACCAUGAGGAUGCUUCAUCAUCAGAGAUGAAAAAAAAACGGCAGAUUUGUUUAACGAUGAUGAGGGAAGCAAAGGCAAAGCAACGAGGGACUCCUGUCCUGAAAGAUACACUUGCUACUGUUCCCCUGUCUCUGAGCCUCCACGUGUUCCGUAGCUGCCCCCAGAUACCAGAAGGUGCCUAGAACCAUCAAUCCGCUCGCAUGCGGUUGUUUUUCCAGCAUUUUCGAUCUAAAACCGUGAUCGUAAAUUAUCCUUUUAUGCC